GCUUUUAAUACCGAUUAUUCUAAUUGUUUUUGCGGGAAGGAUAGUUGAGGUGUAAGAAUACUGGUCAAAUCGUGUAAGGAAGAAAGGGGACAUUUAGAUACACGUAAUAUAUAGUAUAGUACAAUAAAAAUUGUUUGCCGGAUUCGUUCAUGAAUUCUUUUUCGUGAAUGAUUUUAGGGGUUAAAAUGUUGUUAAUAGGGUGCACCAGAAGCUUAUGCACAAAGGGAUAUUAACCCUUUAGACCAGGCACAGCAGACCAGCAGUGAAAGGGUGUUCAUUCCAAAAUAGUUUCUCUACACUUUGUUUAUUUGUGCCAAGAGCCUGGACAAUUUGAAUAGCAUGCAAUGUGGGUCAGACUCUAAUCACAGUUGAAAGAAAGCACCAAGAGCGGACUGAACUUGAUCUUGAUCUUUUUUGUUCUUUUUUUGUUCAGAUGGCGUUACCUACACUCCCAUCUCAUUGGCACAGCCGUAGCAGGGUGCUUGAGCAGCAAAUAGUGCGGCAGAGAGAGCAAGAGGCCCGAUUACGUCAUCAAUGGGAUCAAACCAACCAGUAUUUUAAACAGUCCAAUGUUUGCAGCACCAAACAAGCACAGUGGAGUUCUCGACAGUCCUAUCAAAAAAGUAUGAAUGCAUUCCACCUGGAAAAGCAGAAGGAGGAGAAGAAGAAAAAUUUAGAGUAUCGUCGAGAACAAUUGCGAAAACUGCUACAAGAGGAGCGAGAUUUGCUAGAAGAAGAGCUAAGGGAGCUUCAAUGUAAUAAAGAGUCCAGUGUUUGUGAUAUGCGGGAAAGGACAGAGGAGCUAAAGUCUGCAAGAGAAGAGAGAAGAAAACAGCUGGCAGAGGAAUUGUUAUAUGAGCAGUGGAAAAAGAACAAUGUAAAGUUGCGAGAGGUUGAAUCCAGUCUGCUUAAAAAGCAUGUGGUUGAUGCUUGGGGUGAGCAGAUCACAGUGAAAAACCAGGAAAAAGAAGAGGAAGACGUGGAGAAAAAGAGAUUUGAAAAUGAAUAUGAAAUUACUAGAAGGGAAGCUAUAGAAAGGAUGAAAAGGGAUAAAGAGAAACGGCAAAAGCAGGAGGAGGAGCUUGCCGAAGUUUUGAGACAGCAAAUGGAAGAGCUUAAGCUAAAGAAUUUAGAGGCAAAAAAGUUGAAAAAAGAACAAGAGCAUUUACAGAGGCAGCAGUGGGAAAUUGAAGAACUUGAGGAGGAGAGGAGGAAAAUGGAGGAGCACAGAAAGAAAACAGAAUUAGGUCACUUCCUGAGCCGGCAGUAUAAUGCUCAGAUGAAGAGGCGUGCUCAGCUGGUUCAAGAAGAGUUGAUGAUGGACAAGCAGAUCCUGUCUGCUCUCAUAAGCAAAGAGGAUGAAGGGCAGCACCUGCAAUCAGCCAGAAGGGAACAGGCCAUCGCAGAUGUUACUUGGAUGAAACAUGUAAUUGAGGAACAGCUUCAUCUUGAGAGACAGCGGGAAGCAGAACUGGACACACUUUUCAGGGAAGAAGCUAAGCAAGUAUGGGCAAAAAGAGAAGCAGAAUGGGAGAGAGAGAGGAAUGCACGGAAUCGGUUAAUGAAAGAGGUGUUGGCAGCAAGACAGAUGCAGAUCCAGGAGCGCAUAGAAAGGAACCAGCUUGCUCAGGCUGAAUCCAUAAAGAAUCGUGAGCAGCUCCUCAGACAGUUGGAAGAAGCCAGGCAAUUUACAAGUCGAGAGAAGAAGGAAGAGGAGGAACAGAAAACAACCCGCAGGGCAGAACUGAAGGCACAGAUUUUUGAGCAGCGCUUAAGGGAAAAGGAUGCCAUUGUACAGCAGGAGGAAGAGGAGAAAGAAUUUAAACUUGCAGAAGAUUUGGAGAACAACCUACUGCAACAAGAGGCAGAGAUAAUGACCCAGCGAGGAUAUCAGAAAAAGGUUUACAGCCGCCCCAGAAAUGCUUGGUCUUGACAAGGACAGUUGGACGCUGCUCUAACUUAAAUCAGAAUCCCUGGGAUAAGGAGGCCGGAUGUCUCCAUCUUCAGUUUAUUUAUUACUAUGUAAAUACGUGUGUGUGAUAGAGACCAUACAGACUAUACAUUCCCAGUUGUGACAGAGGAAGACUUUUGUCUGCAAGAUAACUAUUUUUCUCAUUAUGUUAAAAAUAACCCAUAGCUUUGUGGAUGACUGAUUUGUAUUCAGGGGGUGCAUUAGGGCUCUGGCACACGGGGAGAUUAGUCACCCGCGACUAAUCUCCCCGAGUUGCCAUCCUACCGGCGAAAAUGUAAGUCGCCGGUGGGAUGGCACACGCUGCGCAGGUGAUUUCGGCAAAUCGGCAAAGUUGCCUUGCGAGGCAUUUUCGGCGAUUUGCCGAAAUUGCGCCGCCGCAUGUGCCAUCCCACCAGCGACUUACAUUGUCGCCGGUGGGAUGGCAGCUGAUGGCAACUCGGGGAGAUUAGUUGCGGGCGACUAAUCUCCCCGUGUGCCAGAGCCCUUAGGUUUGUUACAGGUGAAUACAGGAAUUUGUUCAGUGUGCAAUCAUUUUGUAUCUUUAGCUGCUGAGUAGAUAAACUACUUUCCCAAACAGAAGAUCCCAACAUACCUUUGGACUAGUUCAUUUCCAUCUGUACUCCCCCCAUUAGAGGAUAUUGUGAGUACCCUGUUUAUUUAACUCUACUUUUAUAAAUACAAUGUGAACAGUGGGGCUCACAGUUCAGCUUUGCCCUGAUCUUCUGCUUCUUUAUUAAAAGGAGAACUCACAUUUUUCCAUUUCUUUCUUAUAGUUGUUUAAGUGGGUGUAUGGGGAAAAAAAAAUCUAUACUGGGAUAUUUGACAUUGUUAGAGAGCCAGCAAUCUGCCAUCAUGCAGCUGCUGUGUCAGUAAUUGCCAGAUGCCCUGUGGGGUUGUUUGUGCAGAUUUGCCACUUGGCUCAGUUACAGACCUAAUAUUCGAGUUAUUACCUGAUUCUGGUGCGCUACACCUAGUCUUCCAUCAUACCAUGGCAAACUUUUUUUUUUUUUUUUGGUAGCAGAUGCUGAAUGAGUUUUGAAGUUCAAUCAGCCUCCCAAUAAAUGGUGGGUAGUAGGGUGGCCAUGAAAAUGGCUGUUUAUCCUAAAAAAUGGUUGGUCAGCAGGUUUGCAUAUUGUAAAGGUAUUUAUUAAACACAUUUGGCAGUUUGGGAUGGGUGCUUAUGAGCUGUAAUAAUGUUGAGUUUGGCUCCAGGUUUAGUGAGCAAGUCCAACAGAUUUAGAACAGUUAUUUUAACUAAGGGAAGGCAUUAUAGUUAUAUAGAAUACGCCAAACCACACUGACAUUAAUAAAGCUGUAUAAUGGGGGGGCCAAAUUUUAGUAUUUUUUGU